AGCAUUCAGGUGAACUAAUGCAGUUCAGUCUUUGUGCUUCAUACUGUCACCAGUAACACCAGUCUUUCGAUUGUGCUUUUUACAUCUUUUUUUUCUCAGUUCAGGAAAUAGAGCUGCUACAUAAGAAUCUUAACCAUGGAUGCGAUACAGGCUGCAAAUACAGCUUUUUCGGUUGAUCUUUUCAAAAAACUGUGUGAAAUGGACAAAAGUGCUAAUUUUAUUUUUACUCCACUUUCCUUAUCAACUUCUCUUGCUCUAGCAUAUAGAGCAGCUAACGGUGACACAGCAACCCAGAUAAAACAGGGGCUCCAUCUAGAAGAUGUCAAAGAUAUUCCAUUUGGAUUCCAGACAAUUACCUCAGAUGCUUCCAAACUUAGCUCAUUUUAUUCAUUAAAAAUGAUUAAGCGGCUUUAUGUAGAAAAAUCCCUUAACCCUAGUGUGGAAUUCAUCAAUUCUGUCAAAAGGCCCUUCCCAUCAGAAUUUGAAGUUGUAGAUUUUAAAGAUAAACCGGAAGACACCAGGCUGCAGAUCAACAAAUCUGUUUCUGACCUUACUGAUGGUAAAAUGGAGAACAUUUUAACUGAGAAGAGUAUCAAUGAUGAGACCAAGAUAAUCCUGUUAAAUGCAGCCUAUUUUAUAACAAACUGGAUGAAGAAGUUUCCUGAGGCACAAACCAAGGAAUGCCCAUUCAGAAUAAGCAAGACAGAAACCAAACCUGUGCAGAUGAUGAACUUGGAAGCUACAUUAUGCUUGGGCUACAUAAAUGAUUUAAAAACCAAGAUUCUGGAACUCCCAUGCCACAAUAAACAUAUAAGCAUGCUUAUCUUACUACCUAAAGAUCUAGAGGAUGAUACAACUGGAUUGGAACAGCUUGAGAAGGAGCUCACCCUGGAGAAGCUGGUACAGUGGACGAAUCCCAGUGUGAUGGCAAACAGCAGAGUGAAUGUGUUCCUCCCCAAAUUCAAAGUGGAAAGUGAACAUGACUUCAGACCCAUUUUAGAAAGCCUUGGUAUGACUCACAUGUUUGAUGAGAAUGCAUCAGAUUUCUCUGAGAUGUCGGAGUCGAAAGGCAUUGUUCUUUCCAAGAUCAUUCACAAAGUCUCUCUGGAAGUAACUGAAGAAGGAGCUGAGUCUCGAGAUGUUCCCGGAUACCGGAUCCUACAACACAAAGAUGAAUUUAAUGCGGAUCAUCCUUUUCUUUUCUUCUUUAAGCACAACAAAAGUCGCAGCAUUGUGUUUGCUGGUAGAUUCUGUUCUCCUUAAACAGAACUGCCUACAAAGAAACCUGUUAUCAAUUUUUUAUGGGUAUGAAAUAUUCAAAGGCAAUCUCACAGUUUCUCCUGUUAAUUGAAUCGAAUAACUUCCUGUUCAAGUGAAUUUACAGAGGAGUAGCCAUAUCAGUUAGCAAAAAUAAGUAUAGGGACCCUUGAAAGAUUAAAAUAAUUCAUUAUGGCACAUCUUCUAGUGAACCAUAGUUAAAUUUAUCAGCUACAUAUCAUACACCAAAGUUGGGAAGAAGUUUUUUUGUUGUUUACAUAUAAAAUAAACCUCAGGUCAAAUUCAGCAAAAUGUAUCUCUGAUAAGUAGCAAUGAAACAAUAUGCAAAGUUGUGGUGUCUACAGUUCGUUUUACGCUCUUUGGCAAUAAUGAAUUUCAACUUUAUUGAACUAGGGAAGAGCUCAUAUGAGUUUCUUCAGACCUGAAUUAGUUAAAUCACUAAUUUGUCACUGGAACAUUAGAAAUUUUAUAUUUGUAGUGAACUUCAUUACAUUAAUCAAUUAAUAUGUUUUUCCCCAUAAAUAUGUUUAACAGGGAAAUAUUUUCUUUUGUUUUUUUUUAUUAUUUUUGGGUGGUUAUUAACGUAGAUUACCUUCAUUUGUUCCAAAUAAAGCAUUCCAAAAAC